ACUCUCAGUUCGUUCAGUACAGCCUGCUGGUUGAAACGGUACUCGUGUCUGCGCCUGAGCGCACCGCCUUCUGCAAACAUGGCGUCCGAAGAACCGAAUGGAGAUUUUCCAUAUUUACCUUCGGGGACAGCGGAGGUUAACCGAAUGAUCCAGGAACAUGGCGACAUGUUUUCAGACUCGCAGUGUAAAGUGUGCAGUGCUGUCCUAAUUUCAGAAUCUCAAAAACUAGCUCAUUACCAGAGCAAAAAGCAUGCAAAUAAAGUACGACGAUAUAUGACCGUCCACGGAAAUGAUGAGCCCAUUGCCAAGAGAUUUAAAGCGUCGUCAGAUUAUUCUACUAGUGAGGUCAGUCAAGACGACAAAUACAAAGCUUGCCACGUCUGCAACAUGACUUUCUCCUCUGCAGUAGUGGCAGAGUCCCACUACCAAGGCAAGGUUCAUGCCAAGAAUCUUAGGUUAAAAAACAUUGGUCCACAUACACAAGCUUUACCUCAGCCCAAAGCUCAGGCGAAGAGGGAGGAUGGGCAGGCUGCAGGAGAACAGGAUCCCGCAGACCAAGACCCUAACCGCUUCUGCUCCAUCUGCCAAGCCUCUUUCAAUAACCCUCUGAUGGCCCAGCAGCACUAUGUUGGCAAGAAGCACAGAAAACAGUUGACUAAGCAGAAACUCAUGGAGACCUAUGGGCCUUCUCCUGCCCCAGCCUCUACAGUAAAGGGCUAUCCGUGCACUGUGUGCAAUCUUGAGCUCAAUUCAGUGGAACAAUACCAGGCUCAUAUCAGCGGCUCUAAACACAAGAAUCAUGUUAAACUCAAGAGAGGGGACAACUCACUUGUCAGCCCCUCAGAGAAUGACCAGCCAGAGUACCAGUAUGGCUCUAACCAAGAGGAGCCAGCACAAGAGGACUGGGGCAGUUUUAAGCAGGACUAUGAGUGAGGGGAUUCUUUUAGCUGUCACUGCCCUUUCGCGCAUUUGGGGCAAGCUGCUUGUGUUGAGGCGCACACAGCGUCUGGUCUGCGCACCUCCUAAUGCCAGCUUCUGCUCUUCCCAGCUCCUCUUUCUGUUUGGUGUAUCUUUCUCACUCGGGCAUAGGCGAGUGGUGACAUCUAACCUCCAUACUGUAUUCAUCCUGUUGAAACAUGAAGGAAGGCAAAACACAUUAACGGAGUGCUGUUUUUUUCCACAUAUAGGGCAUUUGUACCAUGUCUCUCAUUUCAUUGCAGUUUAAGUAAUUCAGUCUGUAAUUUCACAAUAUAUUACAUUAAUAGAGCAACACUACAUAGGUUCCUGGUUCUAUUUAGUCCAAGUUUGUAUUUUAGUUCGAAAUUUUGUUUACAUAGAUUUGUUUUCUGACUUUUUUUCUGAAAGGAUUGUCAAUAUGAGUGACAUUUUGGAGUAAUUUCAGGAGCGAUGUUUGUUGCUAUAAAUGUAUGUUUUUAGUUAAAUACAGGUCAUGAUUGUUUUAUAUUUUAAUUUUCAUGGCUGAAUUGUAUUUAAUGUGAAUUCAUUACACCAGUUACUUCAUUUGGCCAUUGGAGGGCAGUAGGAAUCAUUUUAAAAUUCUGCAUUUCUGUUUUCGUGUUUCACCAUUGCACCUGCCUGGCUAAGAAACCAUGAUGGCACAUCAACCUGAUGUUAAAGAAGGAACCAUUUUGCGCUGGGUGACGUUUACAUCUGUCUGCUAAAUUAUAUUUUGUCGGACAUGAUUCAAAUUGACUAAUUCUCCCUGUUGAGCAGCAUGGUCUAUUUUCGGUGACUACGGCCUCGCCACCUGCCAGUAAGCAAAAUGCUUAAACAGAUCACUGCACUUGGACAUAUUUAAAGUAAAUAUUAGAGUAUGGGUGCCCAGCUAAAUCCUAUUAAUUAACCCUAUAAAAACGCGCACACAAAAAACAUGGAAAAAAACUUCAGAUGUAGAAUGUGCAAUGUCAGUAAUAUGAGUUUAUAAGAACCUAAUCUUAAGCAUAAAUUGUGAGAGUCGCAUUGUCUUAAAUUCCAGCUCUAAACUGUUGUAAUGCCUGCAUUGACCAAUCAUGCAAUAACCUUUUGAAUUAAAGAAUACAAUGGGGGAUUCCUGGGGACAGAUCUAGUAAGACUUACUUUUGGUAUGACUUUAUUAAUGCUGAAGUGCAUUACUGUAGGCCCCAAGUUAGUAGUUGUUGCUGACUAAAAUGCUUAAGCCAACUAGAAGGGUAAUUGCAUAAUGAACAGUUGGGUAUUGAAUGUCAUUUGAAAUCAUUAGAUGUAGCAACUAAUUACAUCAGCUGUUGCGUAUUUUUUAUGAAACGUGUGUGUAGUCUUGGCAGUCGAUCCAUUACAAAAUGACAGUUUUUUAAUUUUUGCUAUUGCACACUCCAGCAAAUGAUAAAAGCAAAAUUAUAGUCAUGAAACUGUUACACUGUAAAAUGGAGUCAUGUAUAGCAAGUUGAAUACUUAAUUUCAGUAUUGUUCUUUUUGCUGAGCUCUCAAAGCUGUUUUUUUUUUGUUUUGUUUUUUUCACAACUUAUGAAGUAUACUCAUAAAAUAUUGGUGCUUUAAAGCAGUGUAAAAAUAGAAAUGCUGAAAUGUGGUCUACUGACUUAACCUAAUUAGUAGCAUAGUAGCUUUUGUGAUGUGAAUGAUUCAUUUCUUUUUUUAAACUAGACAAUGUGGGCCUCAAUUAUACACAUUGAUUUUCAUUUAGUAAAGUUUUUUUUUUUUUGGCGGGGUGGGGGGUUAUUUAUUAUAAAAUGUUUGUUAGGUUAUGAAAGACAUACUUAUCUGAAAAUGCUUGUUAGGAAACUAGAUCAAAUAUGUGACUGGCAGUUUUUUCUUGUCAUUCCAGUUUUACCUACUGUCCUCUAGAUGGCGCCCUUAUCAUAUACUCUUUACCAUAUAUUGGCCAUAUUGUAUAUUGCUCAAGUUGCUGCGGUGGUAUUGCAGAAACAUGGCUUUUCAAACUUAGAGUGCUGCACAUAAAAGGUCACUGCCGUUGAAAAUAUGAAACCCAUUUAGAAUCAUUACCAUGAAGCUUACCUUGCAUUUGACACUGAACUGGUAAUAAACACUUGUGUCUAAAUGCUUAUUAAAUUGACCAGCUCCCCAGCUAGAUAGCAAUGCCGUCAUUAUUAAUUUGUUUAUGUUUUUCCCUAUUCUACGGCCCACUGGUACAUUCCUUUUAAGCAAUAAAGGUGAAUGAGGCCUA